AUGGGCGCUUCUCUGCCUUCCAAGGAGGCCAACCUCUUCAAGCUUAUUGUUGGCCUCAAAGCUGCUGAUGCUAUUUUGAAAAAAUUUCCAGAUCAUGGAGAAACUUUGUCGAUGAAGGGUUUGACGUUAAAUUGCAUGGAUCGUAAAUCUGAAGCAUAUGAACUUGUUCGUCAAGGAUUAAAGAAUGACCUUAAAAGUCAUGUUUGCUGGCAUGUUUAUGGUCUUCUUUAUCGAUCAGAUAGAGAAUAUAGGGAGGCAAUUAAGUGUUAUCGAAAUGCACUAAAAAUAGAUCCUGACAAUAUUGAAAUUCUUCGUGAUCUAUCACUACUCCAGGCACAAAUGCGAGAUUUAACAGGUUUUGUUGAGACAAGGCAACAACUUUUGACCUUGAAGCCAAAUCAUCGCAUGAAUUGGAUUGGAUUUUCUGUAGCCCAUCAUUUGAACUCCAAUGCAUCCAAAGCCGUUGAAAUUUUGGAAGCGUAUGAAGGUACUCUAGAAGAAGAUUAUCCUCCAGAAAAUGAACGGUGCGAGCAUGGGGAAAUGCUUUUGUACAAGAUCUCGUUGUUAGAGGAAUGCAGUUUUCUUGAGAGAGCUCUGGAGGAGUUGCGCAAAAAAGAAUAUAAAAUUGUUGAUAAACUUGCAUACAAAGAACAGGAGGUGUCACUUUUUGUAAAGCUUGGUCACUUGAAAGAAGGCGAAACUUUGUAUCGGGCAUUACUUUCAAUGAAUCCUGAUAAUUAUAGAUACUAUGAAGGACUCCAAAAGUGUGUUGGACUAUAUCUAGAAGAUGGCCAGUACUCGCCUGAUCAAGUAGAUCAGCUAGAUGCGUUGUACAAAACACUUGUACAACAGUACAAGUGGUCUUCUGCUGUUAAGAGAAUACCACUAGAUUUUCUACAAGGUGACAAAUUUCGAGAAGCAGCUGCCAAUUAUAUUAGGCCUCUCCUAACAAAGGGAGUUCCCUCUCUCUUUUCUGAUCUAUCAUCUUUGUACAAUCACCCUUGGAAGGCAGACAUUUUGGAACAACUUAUUCUCGAGUUAGAGCAGUCAAUUAGGAUGUCAGGCCAAUAUCCCGGAGGGACGAACAAAGAACCCCCUUCAACUCUUAUGUGGACUUUGUUUUUAUUGGCUCAGCAUUAUGACAGGCGGGGUCAAUAUGAAAUUGCUAUUUCUAAAAUUGAUGAAGCUAUAGAACAUACACCUACAGUUAUUGAUCUAUAUUCCGUCAAGAGUCGGAUACUGAAGCAUGCUGGUGAUUUGGUUGCUGCUGCUGCAUUUGCAGAUGAAGCUAGGUGUAUGGAUCUUGCUGAUCGUUAUGUUAAUAGUGAAUGUGUUAAGCGGAUGCUGCAGGCUGAUCAGGUGUCUUUGGCUGAAAAAACUGCUGUAUUGUUCACAAAAGAUGGGGAUCAACACAAUAACCUUCAUGACAUGCAGUGCAUGUGGUAUGAGCUUGCCUCGGGUGAAAGCUAUUUCCGCCAGGGUGAUCUUGGACGGGCGCUGAAAAAAUUUUUAGCAGUAGAGAAGCAUUAUGCUGAUAUUACCGAGGACCAAUUUGAUUUUCAUUCAUAUUGCUUACGAAAAAUGACUUUGCGUACUUAUGUGGAAAUGCUUAGAUUUCAAGACCAACUGCACUCGCAUGCAUAUUUUCACAAAGCAGCAGCUGGGGCUAUCAGAUGCUAUAUUAAGUUGCAUGAUUCUCCCCCAAAGUCCACAGCAGAGGAAGAUGAUAAUAUGUCAAAGUUGCUUCCUUCUCAGAAAAAGAAAUUGAGGCAAAAACAGAGAAAGGCAGAAGCAAGAGCCAAAAAAGAGGCAGAAGAAAAGAAUGAAGAGUUAAGUGCAACUGGGGUAUCAAAGUCUGGGAAGCGACAUGUAAAACCUGUUGAUCCUGAUCCAAACGGGGAGAAGUUGUUACAGGUUGAAGAUCCACUGUCAGAAGCCACUAAAUACUUGAAGUUGCUGCAGAAGAAUUCCCCUGAUUCGUUGGAGACACACUUGCUUUCUUUUGAAUUAUAUACAAGGAAACAAAAGAUUUUGCUUGCCUUUCAUGCUGUAAAGCAGUUACUGAGAUUGGAUGCUGAACACCCUGAUUCUCAUCGUUGCUUGAUUAAAUUCUUUCAUAACGUGGGAUCGAUGAAUGCGCCUGUGACCGACAGUGAGAAACUGAUUUGGAGUGUCUUAGAGGCUGAGCGCCCAAAUAUUAGCCAGCUGCAUGAGAAAUCCUUGUUUGAAGCAAACGACUCCGUCCUUGAAAAACAUAAAGAUCAUAAUUCUUUGAUGCAUAGAGCAGCUUUUGCAGAAAUCUUGCACAUUUUGGAUUCAAACAGAAAAUUCGAGGCUGUUAAGUUUAUUGAAGAUUCAACAAAUAACAUUGUGCCCAGAAAUGGAGCACUUGGACCAAUCAGGGAAUGGAAACUUAAAGACUGUAUGGCAGUUCACAAUCUUCUUGGAACAGUUCUUUCUGAUCAGGAUGCUGCAUUGAGAUGGAAGGUGCGUUGUGCAGAUUACUUCCCAUAUUCUACGUACUUUGAGGGAAGUCACAGCUCUGCCUCUCCCAAUUCGGCUUUCAACCAGUUACGGAAGAACUCUGAAAAUGAUAGUAUUAACCAUAUCACAUCAAACGGAAAAUUAGAGACAUUUAAAGAUCUCACUAUCUGA